AUGACAUUUGGAAUUUGUGCAAAAAGUAGUACAAUUUUUGUCGAAAUACAAUAAAUUAACAUUGAGAGAAAUUUAAUUGAUAUAAAAGUAGUUUAUUACAAAUUCUAGCAAUCAUGAAUAUGCAUACAAUGCAACAACAACAAAUGGGUGUAGGACCUGGCCCAAAUGCAAUGAUGCAAGUGGUUUCGCCAGCUAUGCAGCAACAGUCGCCACAGGUGCCAAACCCAGUUCAACAGGCACAGCAACAACAACAACAACAGGCAGAAAAAACUGAUAACAUCUCGAAAGUUAAAAGUUUACUUGGUCCGCUACGUGAAUCGUUAUUUUUAACUUUACGCGCUGCAGCAUUUGCCUUACAGCAAAACAAUUUGUCAGAUAAUCUAAAACGAGACGCUGCUCCACAUCCACCGAGAUUCGAUAAACAUUUAGAAGAUUUCUUUGUAUAUUGUGAUCAAAUUGAAUUGAACCUGAAGACUGCAUUGCUAUGCAUGCAGCAACUUUCAUCUGCGCAAAAUUAUUUGCCUGGAAAUGUAGCUGCUGCUCCGUAUAUGCCAGAUAAUCCCGCUGUUCCUAUGUCAUAUUCUACAUACUUAAAUACAGUGCGUGCGCAUGUGGAAUCAGCAAAGGCUAUACACGAUACACUGAUCAGUGCAGCACAAAACAUUUCUCAAGCUGAUUGAUAAAAGAUUUAUUUUUAUAUGUAAUGAUUUAUUUUAAGUUGAAGAUAUAAAAAAUAAAUAACAGUUAUUUUAGGAAAUAAAAUAGUGCUCAUCCUGGCCUUCCUGAAGUUUUU